UCCUUUGAACUGAGUAGAACCACAAAACAUAAACUCCAAUCUAUCCCAUGAAUAAGAACAAAGAAAAAACACCUUCUAAUUUUUUUUCCUUUGCACAACAGAAACAGAAUAAGGAAAGUACAGUGGGUUAAAGUGAUGGUGGUGUUGGGUUGUUUAAGAGUGCAAUCUAUCCCCCAACUGGUCUCUAACCUCAAACAAUCUUCGUCAUGUAGUUCUUCCACUAGUUGUUGGUUAUGUUUGGGUUCUGAAAGCAAUGAUGCAAGAAAGAAGAGCAACAUUAUUGUCACAAGGAGAAAAGCUUUGAUCUUUACUGCUACUUCUCUGGUGUCCACUCCCUUUUCAUUUCAGCUAUUGGCAAAUGCCCAACAACAAGAAGAUGAAGAUACACUUGAUCAAGAAGAGGAUAGAGUUGUUCAGCUUUUUGAGGAAACUUCACCGUCUGUUGUUUUCAUCAAAGACCUUGAAAUCGUGAAAAAACCCAAGAGCUCUGAUGAGGUAGUGAUGAUAGAUGAUGAACUUGCAAAGGUCGAAGGGACAGGUUCAGGCUUCAUCUGGGAUAAGUUUGGUCACAUUGUGACGAAUUAUCAUGUCAUUUCGAAACUGGCUAUGGACAGUGGAGGACUACAGCGCUGUAAGGUAUAUCUAGUUGAUAAACGGGGCAACAGCUUCUCUAGGGAUGCUAAGAUCAUUGGUGUGGAUCCAGCAUAUGAUUUGGCUGUUCUAAAGGUUGACGUUGAAGGAAAUGAACCAAAGCCAGUCACUCUUGGAACAUCAGAUAGUUUACGUGUGGGUCAGAGCUGCUUCGCCAUUGGGAAUCCUUAUGGAUACGAGAACACUCUGACAACAGGGGUAAUCAGUGGGUUAGGCAGGGAGAUACCUUCACCAAAUGGCAGCCCCAUCAGAGGGGCAAUCCAAACAGAUGCUGCUAUUAAUUCAGGAAAUUCAGGCGGCCCCUUGAUUGAUUCAUUUGGUCAUGUUAUUGGUGUUAACACGGCUACUUUCACUCGCAAAGGUAGUGGGAUGUCCUCUGGUGUUAACUUUGCAAUACCAAUAGAUACUGUUGUGCGAACUAUACCUGCCCUAAUUGUAUAUGGAACAGCUUACAGGGACAGGUAUUGACGGUUGUUGAGUUGUACUAAUGUCUCAGCUUGUCCUGGGUAAAUUAUCAAGUACCAAAGCUGUAUUAAGGCAGAAGUGCUAAAAGCUAAGCACUAAUUCCUUAUCAAGUAUGUCAAAAUUAGUAUUUGUUGUAUAUCCGAUUAAGAACUUUCAAUGCAAAGCGAGUUUAGUUCCAAUACUUUCGGGUUCUGUAAGCCUGAUUGCUGAAAUGUGAUUUCUUGUGUACUCGACGACAUUAGCCAAAAGUCGCAUAAUAUGAUCUUAGAGCAGUGAAUAAUAUCCUCAGGUUGCACCC